AUGAAGUCAGCACAAGCACAGCCUUUUGGGCAUCAAUGGCGGUCAUCAAAAUCAUUCGUCAUCGUUACAGUCACUCUUGCUCUAUUCGCAGAAACAUUCCUCUAUGGCUUUCUCGUUCCAAUUCUUCCUCACAUGCUUGAGGUUCGAUUAGGGAUCGAUCCGUCAGAGACCCAGUCUUAUAUCACGACAUUGCUUACGAUUCAUGGCUUUCUUUCUAUUAUUUCUGCGCCUAUUAUUGGCCAUUUUGCAGAUAAAACACCGCAUCGGAAAAUUCCCCUAAUGAUGGGCCUGGGCGCAUGUCUAGUAGGAACGAUGCUUGUUGCCCUCACCCCAAAUUUAUUUAUGCUAUUUUUGGGCCGCUAUCUCCAAGCAAUUGGUGGAUCGGCAACAUGGGUUGUUGGCUAUGCCAUGCUACUCGAUUGCACUGAUACCAAAAAUAUGGGCAAAAAUAUAGGUCUGAGCAUGACCUUCAUCGCGGCCGGAGUUAUUAGUGGGCCUGCUGUCUCUGGCGUUCUCUUGGGACUAGUUGGUUAUCGGGCGACAUGGUCUGUUCCGAUGAUCAUCUUGGCACUGGAUAUGCUCGCCCGGUUACUCAUGAUCGACUCACGAGAAUUGCCAUCCAAAGAUCCAAACGAGACGCCAUCAAAUAAAACCACCGAGUCGAAUGAAACUACGGCUCUUUUCCAAAACGAGAACGAAAACGAAGCCUCCAAGCAACUGGCAGAUACAGAGCCAUCGACACCAACUGCCUCCUCGCCAUUGGCUUUCUACCGCAUCAUGCUCACUGAUGCACGCAUACUGGUCGCACUGCUUGAUACUAUUAUGUUCUCAUCCAUCACAGCUGGCUUUAAUAACACUCUCCCGUUGCAUCUUCGAGAUGUAUUUGGCUGGGGAAGCAUGGAGACCAGCUUGAUGUUCUUCUGUUUCCAAGCGCCCUCGUUGAUCUUCUCAACACUCAAUGGAAUGAUGCGUGAUCGAUGUGGAGUGCGGUAUCCCGCCGCCAUUGGCUGGGCGUUGCUAGCUCCUUUACUAUGGCUGCUCGGUGUACCAGGAGAUAAAAGAUUUCCAUGGGCUGGUUCGGAUGUUGGUGGAAAGAAUAUCUUUAUUGGUACUAUGAUUGCUUUAGGGACGGUUUCCAUGUUCCUUCGUGGAGGGGGCAGCUUCCAGUUUAGUACCGUGGUAAAGAAUAUGCAAGCACAAAAUUCCCAGGUCUUUGGUCCCUACGGUGGCAACUCGCGAGUAUUCGCUAUCAUCGAGAUGUGCUUUAGUGCUGGAAUGAUGGUUGGUCCGAUGUUCACCGGUCCGAUGACAGAAAAUGCGGGAUAUUAUUGUAUGACUUCGACAUUGGCAAUUCUCUGUCUGGUUCUUUCAGGACUUACCUUGAAGUACUUUGAAGACACGCAACCAAAGAAAAAAUCAUCUUCGUUGGUUUAG